AUGGCAGAUAAGCUGAGAUAGCCUCUUUACUACUCCCUGAGAAAAAGAAAAUUACAAUUCUUUAGAUUAUCAACAGGAUAAGCCCAUUCUAUAAUUCUUUAGAUUAUCAACAGGAUACUACCAGUGUUAUUGGUAUUGCUAACAACGUUAUUAGCAUCACGGAGCCGGAGAUAUCGAUAAUAUCGGGGAUCCAUUGGAACAAUGGUCCCAACUAAUGAUUGGUCUGGAUCACUAAAUCAUAGGCCCGACUUGUCCAAACUGAAAAUCCAAGUAUACUGUCUUCUGAGGUCAAGGUCACCUCCAAGUAUUUGAAUGCAUGUUCAAGUAAGUAGACUACAUAGUCUAGAUUAGAAAAGAAGUGAUCAUAUUGUUCUUUGGGUUUAAUAUCUCUUUAUUUGUAAUUGACAUUAAAUUCCUCAUAGAAUGCUUGUUCAUGGGUAGUUGCAGUCGGAAAAUGGGGAAAACUGUUGCUGUUUGCCAUGUUGGUGGUGAGUUUGUAACAAACAACGAUGGAUCUAUGUCAUAUUCUGGUGGAGAAGCAUAUGCAAUACCAGUUGUUCCCAACAUGACAUUUGACGAAUUCAAAUCAGUGAUAACUGAAAUGUGCAAUCGUGAUGCAAGUCCCCUAUUCAUAAAGUACUUCCUCCCAAGCAACAGACAGACUCCAAUCACAGUAUCCAAUGAUAAGCACAUGCAGUGCAUGAUUGAUUUUCAUGAGGAUUCAGCAACGAUAGAUGUUUUUGUUUUGGAUGGAGAGGCCAUUGCUCAGAACACUGAUAAAACAGAUAACAACCGGGCAAACAGAGCCACAAGUAGAACAAGUAGACCCACAAGUAGGACCAAAAAAAGGGCUGCAGCCACUGACUCAAUCACACAAACCCCUACAACCGUCGACAAUGAUAAGAAAGGAAGGAGAACUACGGUCACUGAUCCAGUGGCUUCAAAUGCUAUCAUGGCUGCCUCUGCCAGUGGUGAUAGCAUCUCAGGUAGGACCAGGUGCAGGAUUACAGUAAGUGCCAUUACAGUCACUGACCUAAUCACCCCAAUUGCCUCCAUCGCUGCCGUUGGCAAUGAUAAGCGGCCAGCACAAUACAGUUUACCAGGAAACACCAUCUUUGACGUGGGCCAAGAAUUUAAUAGUGUCACUGACUUCCGUGAUGCAUUGCGUAAGUAUGCCAUUGUAAAAGGGUAUGCAUUGGAGAAAAUUAAGAGUAGUAAAUCCCGUGUGACUGCCAAAUGUAGAGCAGAGGGCUGCCCAUGGCGGGUGCAUGCUUCCAGACUUCCAGCCAUGCAGAGGUUCAAGAUUAAAACGAUAAACAAUGUGCACACAUGUGGAGGCGGGGUAGGAAAAGAUAGUGGAAAAGAUGGCCAUCCUAACGCAACAAGGCACUGGGUUGCAAGCAUUAUAAAAGACAAGUUACGAGAUAAGCCACGGUAUAGGCCGAAGGAAAUCGUGAAUGACAUAUAUCGGGAGUAUGGAGUCAAUCUGACAUAUCAUCAGGCUCGGGGUGGGAAGAAGGUGGCCCAGGAGCAGCUUCAAGACUCCCGGUCAUAUAGUCAGUUGCCUUGGUUCUGCAAUAGGAUAAAGGAGACGAAUCCAGGUAGUCUUGUAACUCUGACAACAACAGACAAGUCAAGGUUUCACCGCCUUUUCAUCUUGUUCCAUGCUUCACGGCAUGGGUUUGAGAAUGGUUGCCGCCCUCUUAUUCUUCUUGACGGAACAUCUCUAAGAGAGAAAUGCCAAGGGACUCUGUUAGCUGCAGUAUCAGUUGAUGGGGAUAAUGCUAUCUUUCCCAUUGCCUUUGCUAUUGUGGAUUUUGAAUCCUAUGAUAAUUGGAUGUGGUUUUUGACAGAAUUGAAAUCGGCAGUGUCAACAAAUCGGACCAUAACAUUUGUAUCUGAUAGGCACAACGGUUUAGAGGAGGCUGUGCCGCAGGUCUUUGAGGGCAGCUAUCAUGCCUACUCUCUGCAUCACCUUACCGAGGACUUCAAGCUGGUGUUGAAGGGCUCAUCACAGCAGGUGAAGGAUGCACUGGCCGAUGAGAUUAAACGUGCUGCUUACUCAUGCAGCAUUACCGAUUUCAAUGCUUGCAUUGGCAACAUCCGGAAUUUCUCACACGAUGUUGCAUCAUGGGUCUUGGAAAGCAAGCCUGAACAUUGGUCGAAUGCAUUCUUUAAGGGCUUGCGAUAUGACCACCUAUCAUCAAAUGUUGCAGAGUUGUUCUACGGUUGGAUAUCAGAGGAGCGCGAGCUAUCAAUAAUACAAAUGAUCGACAUGAUACGGUGUAAGAUGAUGGAGAUGAUUUAUGCCCGUCGAGAGGCUUCAAGGACAUGGUCGACGAUUCUCACACCUUCAAUGGAGCAAAGACUAGAGUUAGAGAUAUACAACUCGAACUCACUCAGUGUGUUGUUUUCAUCAGGGAGCAUGUUCGAAGUCCGUGAUGAUUCAGUCCACAUUGUGGACAUCGAGACAUGGGAUUGUACAUGCCAGAGAUGGAAGAUGACCGGCUUGCCGUGCGUGCAUGCAGCCGCAGUUUUCGAUCGCACAGGUAGAAAUACUUAUGAUUACUGCUCAAGAUACUUAAUGGUCAGUUGUUACCGUUCGACGUACUCGGAAUCUAUCCACCCAAUACCAGAUAUAGGAAAUCCUGCAAGUGAAGAUUCCAACACUGAAAUGAUUAUUUAUCCACCCCGCAGCCAACAUCCACGCCGUAUGCGCCGUCUACGCCGUCCACCCGGUAGACCAAAAUCGAAGCAGACAGAAUUGCUCGAUCCAAGUAAGAGGCUGCAGCCACUUUCUUCAACGUUGCAGUAGGUAUGGUGGGUCCGGGCACAAUAAGAAGAGGUGCAGAGAGGUGGAAUAGGGAAAUCACAAGUGUUAAUUUCAGUUGUAUUUAGGAGUUAUUUAGUUGGAUGUAAAUACUAAUGCGCCUUGGGGUGAUUGUAUUGGUGUUUGAGUAUUUAGAUGGUUAAAACCAGAUUGAAGAUUGACCCUUGGAUCUGUUGACCAAAGUGAGCUCAACAUUCUUAAUUGUGAAAUAUGGGAUUAACUUUUUUAAGAGUUUGAAGCA